UACCGCUCCAGCUCGUGUGUACUUGGCUUGACACCGACCUCUGCUGGCGACCUUGAUUCCUCUUCGCUCUUCCAUUCAGCCGGCACUUCGGGCUCCGCUUCUUUGGUCAUCGGAUCGUCGAUUCAGGCUAAAUCUAAAGAGGCCCUGUCCAGCCUAUCAGAUCUGUAUCAGCCCGCCCUUUCUUCAGUAUAG